CCUCUACACGUCCUCGUUCGCCGAUAUCAGUUCAUCUCUCACAAUGGCAACUGACGUGGCCUUCGACACGAGCAUGGGCUCGUUCACCGUCGAGCUCUACAAUGCGCAUGCGCCGAAGACGUGUAAGAACUUCGCAACCCUUGCGCAGAGAGGAUACUACAACGACGUCAUUUUCCACCGCAUCAUUCCCAACUUCAUGGUUCAGACGGGCGACCCUACCGGCACGGGACGAGGAGGAAGCUCUAUCUACGGAGAGAAGUUCGAGGACGAAAUUAACCCCAAUCUGAAGCAUACUGGCGCUGGGAUUCUCAGCAUGGCGAAUAGCGGACCCAAUACCAAUGGCAGCCAGUUCUUCAUUACGCUUGCGCCAACGCCGUGGCUGGAUGGGAAGCAUACUAUCUUUGGUCGCGUCAAGAGCGGUAUGAGGGUCAUCCAGCGCAUGGGUCUCGUGAAGACGAAUGGGGAGGACAGACCGAUGGAUGAGGUCAAGAUCAUCCGCGCCAGAGUCGUGGAAGAGGGUACGGACGAGUGAGAUGGUCUGUGAUAGAGAUGGAUUGCUGCGGGCAAAUUUCGACGGAGAGCUACAUCGGGCCAACCCAGCGACAUGCACUUGUCACCGCGACACAGAACAGUGAAUGUUGGUCAUUUGGGGGCCAGGAUGGCCAUUGACGCUUACAAGGCACCGUGCAUCGGCUGCCUUGCUAUUGGGAACGUCGAAUGGCACUGACAGCCACGGUUCUUGCCGAUCCAGCAAAGCCCGGCUCAAUGGAUGAGCUACGGAAGCUAUGCUUUACUAUCUGCAGAUUAGGGUAGACAUACGCUCAUAGAACUUGCAGACAGAUUUAGAAAAGUGG